AUGUCUCAGACACAGAGCCCCACGCCCAGCACGCCGCCCGCGUCGCGUCGGGCCCACAGACCGCCGCGGAUAAAUAUCCACAAUCUCAACAGCGGCUCGGCCAUGGGCAUGAGCCAUGGCUCGAUGCCGCCCAGUACCCAGCCGCCGUACACCGCGCAGACAAACUACACGGGCAAUGGGACACAGGGUCCGUACUGGCCGCCGGUGGCGAAUCCAUUUGGCUCGGGCAACUUUAUGACCAAAGGCUACGAGGGCUUUCUCGAUCUCACCAAGUCGGGCAUGAGUUUCGGCGAGAAGUUCACCUACGGCCUGUACAACAAGUUCAGCAAGUGGUCCAGGAGCUGGUUCACCCACAUGUUCCUCAUAGUCGUCCUUGCACUCUACAGCGUGGGCGGUGCCCUGAUCUUCCAGGCAGUCGAAGUGCGACAGGGAACACUCGAGUUACUGGAACUGCAGGGACUCCAGAAGCAGUUCUUUGAGGAAAUGCGUGACAUGACAAGGAACUCACAGCUGAACUCGCUAUCCAAGACCGACUUUGACAGCCAAGUGCUGCGCAUCAUGAACAACCAUCCGUCCGUGGUCGAGUCCCUGCUGCGAAACGGACUGGCGGAGAAGGCGGAUCCCUGGUCCUUCUGGAACGCCAUGGUCUACAGCUGCACCAUCUACACUACCAUAGAUUCGAUCGUUAAGAUUUCGAUCAUACGGCCCGUGGCACACACGUGA